AUUGUGUUUGGAUAACUGAAGUAAAAUCGAGGGAGCUGUAAAAAGAAAUAGAGCUAGCAGACCGAGUUUGGUGAGGGACUGAAAGCGCUCUAAAGUUAAGGGAAGGCGAAGGAGCAGCAGCAGCAGCAAUCAGAAGGGCAGAUCUACCUCUACUGGAUAUGCUGUCCUCCGCUCCAUGCAUGGGAGAAGAAACUCGUUCACAUGCCUUUCUCCUUUUCUUCUCUUCCAUCCUUUCAUCUCAGAGAAGCAAGGAGUUCCUGUCUUUCUGUGUUCAAUGACAUCAAAAGCUGAAAUGGUGUAAGAAAAAGAUACCCAUCAAUCAGUACUUGAAUUUCUUUCAACUUUUUCCUCUUCCAGAAGAAAGUUCACCUCCUUUUUCACGAUUUGAGAAGAUUUCACGGUACUAAUAUAAGGUGGCAAGAGAUUUCUCCUUAUAAUCUACUUGGCUUUGUUAUCGACGAAGAAGCAAAAGAAGAUGGCUGCUCUUCCUUCUACAAAGAUAUCGUUUGGAAUCAUAGAACCAGAAGAGGACUGUGGAGGCUCCUGUCAGGGCGACAUCAAGCAACCAACAUCAACCACAACUGCCUCCACAAGCAACCCGCAAAAGAAGAGAAGGAAUCUCCCUGGAACACCAAAUCCAGAUGCAGAAGUGAUUGCACUCUCACCCAAGACACUGAUGGCCACAAACAGGUUCAUCUGCGAGGUAUGCAACAAAGGAUUUCAGAGGGAACAGAACUUACAACUCCACAGGAGAGGCCACAACCUCCCAUGGAAGCUGAAGCAGAAAUCAAAUAAGGAAGUCAAGAAGAAGGUUUACCUUUGUCCAGAGCCCACAUGCGUCCACCAUGAUCCGUCAAGAGCCCUAGGUGAUCUCACAGGCAUCAAGAAACACUAUUGCAGAAAGCAUGGCGAGAAGAAGUGGAAGUGCGAGAAGUGCUCCAAAAAAUAUGCAGUUCAGUCUGAUUGGAAGGCCCACUCGAAGAUUUGCGGUACAAGGGAGUAUAGAUGCGAUUGCGGAACCUUAUUUUCAAGGCGUGACAGCUUCAUCACCCAUAGAGCAUUCUGCGAUGCAUUAGCCCAAGAAAGCGCUAGACUCCCCAGUGGGUUGCAUCUAUAUAACACCCACAGGCCUCCUUCUGGUAUGCUUAGGAUGCAAGGAGGAGGAGGAGGAGGGCCACAAUUUGAUCAUCUGAUUACCCCAUCAAAUUCUUCCCUCAGAUCACUGCCAUCUUUUUUUCCUUCUGGCCUCGAUCAGAAUUUCUCAGAAGGUUCCCAAGCCCUUAGUGCUUAUCCUGGGUUGACACAGAUUCCUGCUCUUCCUAGCAAUGAUAACAGUAACAACAAUCCUGCAGCCACUCUUUUCAACUUAGGCUUCUUAUCAAAUGGCAGCAUCAGCAACAAAAAUGAUGGGAACAACAACACCCAUCUUGGCCCUUCAGGCUUGUCCAUCCAUUCUCAGCUCAACAACAAUAUUUUGAGUGAUCAUAUGAGUGAGAGCGUCUCUUCUCUCUAUAGCUCCCACAUGCAUAAUGAAGCGGUUCUGCCUCAUAUGUCUGCCACUGCUUUGCUCCACAAGGCUGCUCAAAUUGGUGCAACUGCAACUGGUUUGAACAAUGAAAGCAUGUUGGGAGGAGGAUUCGGCGGUUCUACUGCAAAUACUACUGGCUUCUUUGGGCACGAGCAGAGACCUUCAUCAUCUUCUUCGUCUUUCCCAGCCAACAACCCUUCAAGCUUCCCAGUCACGAACCUCGACCAUAUGAGAACCAACCUUAAUAGCAGCUGUCAAGAGAGCCAUGUCCAGGACAUUAUGAACUCCCUAGAUAGUGGUGGUUCUGCUCUUUAUGGAGGGUCCAGAAUUGCAGACGAACAUAAGAUACGGGGUGCUUUCGGUAGUAAUCUGAUCAGACCCCGAAGCCGCGAGAACAGCGGCGAUCUGGGCGCCUUCGCUUUCAACAACAGCAUGAAUUUGGAAAGCGGGAACAUGAUGAUGAACAAUUUGGAAGCAAUUGAGGACAAGCUCCACCCGACUGCGGCUUCAAAUAUGAGAAUGGGAGGGUCUGACAGGCUAACCAGGGACUUCUUGGGGGUUGGAGGGAUGAAUAGAGGCUUUGUGGGAGGAGGGUUUUCUCAGAGAGACCACCAUCAUGAACAGAACGUGACUUUCGGAACAAUGGAUUUGGAAAUGAAGGCUUACAAUGAAGGGUACCUGCACUAAGGGACGUCCAAUUAUGAGCCUCUCAGGGCCAAUAGAGAAUAUGAUAAGGUAUGUGAUCAGAUAGGAUUUGAAGUUCAUCGUUUUGGUAGUUGGUAGCUGGAACCAGAUAGCAAACAUGGUUUGCUUCAUACUGGUAAGCUCAAUCUUGCUUGGUAUCGAUAGAUUUUGUCUAUACCUAUCUAUAUAGUAAGUGUUUGGCCAGUUAAAAAAACAUUAACAGUGACAUAUUUUAACGAUAGAUCGAUGUCAAAAGUGCCAUUUCAUGAACGAGAUGCACUGGUUCUCUUUUAUUUUGUCUUCUCUUAUGCUGUUACUAUUUCUUUAUCCAGACCCGGAGUAAAAGAAAAAUAAGUUUAUUACUUUUCA